CAAGCGUUAUUGUAGUUUAGUUGCUUCUAAAUAACAGACAUUGCUCGGAAACUGUUCAUUCAAUUAAAUAUUCCCUGUCUGACAACUUGGUAAUUCCGACGUCCGAAAAUCAAAGUCGCUGCAGACCAAUUAAUUAUAAUUAUAAUUUAUAAUAAAUUAAUUAACUAAACCAACACGUAUAAAUUACUAAAUAUCCGGAAAAAGAACUGAAGGAAAUUAAGUCGAGUAUGUAGAUUUUUUUACUCGACUGAUAAUGACAUUUAUACGAAGAAAUUCUCUGUGUCCUUGUGAUAAAAAAAAAUUACCCUUUAAAUCGUUACUAGCGUACGUCGUGAUUGGAUUAUUAGCAAUAGAAAAGAUUACUGCAACAACUCAAUUUCCAACAAUUUCAAAGUGUCGUAAGAAAAAUGCACAUGUUUCUAAUCUCGACUCGGUGCAAAACACACCUUCAUUGAAUUCAACCAAAGGAAUAAAACGAGCAAAUGAAAUAAAAGUCAAUCAAGACGAGACCUUCAAUCCGGAUAGUGUGUUAAUAAAACCUUCAGGUAGAAUUCUUCUUCCCGAAUUUAAUGGAACAGAGAACACGAAAUUCAUUUCAGCAAAACGGAAAAAUUCUUCGAACCAGACUUUAAUUAAUUUACACAAAGUAAAACCUCUGAAAGUAAAUGCAAGUGAACUUCCUGCAGCGAGAUUCAUUCCAAAAUUGCCAGCCCAUCAGCAAUUGAAAAAUAUUUCAAAGGUCAACUUACAAACUCGCAUGCUGUUUGAUCGAAGUGAAUUGAAAAAUAAUACAAAAAAUGAAUAAAUAAUCAAUUAAUGGAAUAAUAAAAGUAUACUUGAAUAUA